ACGCGCGUCAACGGGAAGCCUUCCUGGACAACGCGACUGCUGAGCCAUGAGCGGCGCGGCCUGCGCGAGUAUCGCGCCGCCACGCGCCCUCACACACCGCCGGGCGCUCGGGAAUUUCAAGCGCGACGCGCUCUACGCGGAGCGCACCGCGGUCGCGGUGCCCGCGCGAAAUGGCCGUAAUCGGGGAACGUCCUCUCGGAAUCUGACAACGUGCUCCGCGGACCUGGGCUCUGACCCUCUUCCUCGAGGCCGCGACAUCUCCACGUGGGCGCUGAGUCGCCGCGCGUGGGCCACCGUCACCGAUCUGGGCUCCACCCUGCCCCCGCUCCUCCCGUGGGCCGCCGAGAGGGUCGCGACCUGGCAGGAGGCUUGGCAAAAAGCGAGCGCGCUCGCCAGCAACAUGCCCAUCGCCGUGGUGGACCUCAUGCCGGUGGAGGGCCAGGAGAGCGAGAGCAAGAGCCCGUUCGAGACGGAAUUCGGCGCGUACAUCUACGACAAGGGCUACCGCCAGCUCUUCCGCGCGCUCGGCUACCCGGGCGCCGACGCGGAGGCUGCGCUCGCGCUGGUGAAGAUCAACAGGCCCGCGGGGGACUCCUCCGAGGGUCGGAUCUGCCUCGAUCUCUCCUGCGGCCCGGGCAUCAUCACCACCCGCCUGGCCUCCGGCCUCCGCGGGUACGAGAUCCUCGUCGCCUCGGACGUGAGCGAGGCGAUGACGCGACGCGCCGCCGAGCAGCUCGACGCGGUUUCCGCCAGAUCCACCAUCAGGCCCGAGCCCGGCGCCGCGCCGCUGCCCAACUUCGCCGCGGUGCGCGCGGACGUGGCGUCGAUGCCGUUCGGGGAUUCUUCCGUCGAUGCGGUGCACUGCAGCGCGGGGGCGCACUGCUGGCCGGACCCGAUGGACGGGCUGAGGGAGGUUGAGAGGAUCCUCAAGCCCGGCGGCGUCUUCGUCACGUCAACCGUCGUGCUGGCGCCGCCGAUCCGGGAGAAGUACGCCAAGGGGGGUGAUUGCACCGACGCGCAGUCGUACGACGAUAAGGUGAGGACGAUGAACACUCCGUUCUGGGACACCGCGUCAGUGGUGGCCAUGCUGCAAAAAGCUGGGCUCAAGGGGGUCGAGAUUGUCAAGGAGGACAAGUGCUUCGUGAUGCUCGCGGCGAGGAAGCCGUGACGGCCGGAUGCGACGAAAAGGCGGCCCCAUUCUUUGUAACCUUUAGCAGAUUUUUAGCAGGCGCACGCCCGCGUCUACUGGUGUACCCUUUGUGUAUGCAUAUCUGUAGCCAUUCCG